AAUCAUCUCUAAUUUUCAGAACCAUGGCUCCGACCGUUGCAGCUGACGGAAACAAUCUUUUCUUUCCGAUGAUCCUCCUCCUGCCUCUUUUACUUCUUAUCCUCAAACACCUGAGAACUUCAUCAUCCCCACCACUUCCUCCAGGUCCAUCUCCAUUGCCAAUCUUGGGCAAUCUUCUACAAAUGGGAAAUAACCCUCAUGUCACUCUAACCCACUUCGCUAAAACCUAUGGCCCUCUCUUGAAAAUUAAACUUGGAACGCAACUAGUGGUGGUAGGAUCAUCAAAGGAAGCAGCCAUUGAGAUUCUCAAAACCCAUGAUCGUGUUUUAUCAGGGAGAUUAACUCCUCACGCUGCGCCAACCAAGAGCAUGGAACUUGACGGUUUUCAAGUUGGAUGGGUAGAUGAGUGCAACGACCACUGGAAAUAUUUACGUACAAUAUACAAAACGGAGCUUUUCUCAGGCAGAGCAAUGAUGGAGUCUCAGGCGGUUGCUCGAGAGAAAAUGGUCAAGGACGUGGUGAGACUUAUGAAUAAAAUGGAGGGGCAGGUGGUGCAAAUUAGACAGGUAGCUUUUGCAGCUAUUUUUAAUAUGUUGGGUAAUGUUAUGGUAUCGAGAGACGUUGUCAACUUCGAGCAAGAGAGCGUGGAAGGAGUAAUCGGUGGGCCUUUAAGGGAUUUGAUUGAAGUGGGUAUCAACAUAUCCGAUCUCUUCCCAAUAUUGGCUAGAUUUGAUCUCCAGGGUCUGCAAAGAAAGUGUAGAGAUUGGUUUAAGAAGACAUGCAAGAUUUGGGAAGCUAUCAUCAAUGAAAGAAGAGAGAUGAACAUGUCCAAUUCUUCAACCCAAAGAGAUUUCCUUGAUGCUUUGAUAAAAAAUGGUUCAAGCAAUGAUCAAAUAAACAUGCUGCUCCAGGAGAUCUUCACUGCAGGAACAGACUCAAGCAGCUCAACGAUUGAGUGGAUGAUGACGGAGCUGAUAAGGAAUCCAAAAUACAUGAAAAAAGUUGAAGAGGAAAUCGAAAGAGAAACAAAUCAGGAAACUGUUAAAGAUUCUCACCUGCUUCAUUUACCAUUUCUCCAAGCCUGUUUCAAAGAAACCCUGAGAAUGCAUCCUCCUGGACCAUUACUUGUUCCUCAUCGUGCGGUUGAAACAUGUAACGUAAUGAACUACACGAUCCCAAAGAAUGCACAAGUGAUGAUAAAUUUCUGGGCAAUUGGGAGAGACCCCAAAAUCUGGGAGGAUCCUCUGGUGUUCAAGCCAGAGAGGUUCCUGAACUCGAGCUUGGAUUUCAAAGGGAAUGAUUUUGAAUAUAUACCUUUCAGUUCUGGAAGGAGAAUAUGCCCUGGCUUACCAAUGGCUGCAAAGCAUGUUCCUCUGCUUGUUGCUUGCUUGGUUCAAUUCUUUGAUUGGUCUCUACCAGAUGGUGAGGAUCCAGACAACGUUGACAUGAAUGAGAAAUAUGGUUUCACUUUGAUGAAGGAACAACCUCUGUUUCUCAUUCCUAAACCAAAAAAAAGUGAGCCAUACGUAUGAGAUCGUGGUUCGAUGUCUCAUGAAUUGCCUGAAUGAAUGUUGGAUGUUUCAAGAUUUGUUUC